GCGGGUUUAAAGGCGUCGACAACACGCGGUGGGCCCCUCACUUCCUGGAUAAAGAUGGCGGAUGAGAAUGAGACAGCACCGAUGCCGGAGAAGGAAGAUGUAGAGGACCACGUACACUGUAGCGACUGUGAAAAUGAAGAUCACCACUUGGAUGAUUGUGACAGGGCUGAUGACACUGGGGCUAAGAAGAAGAAAAGGAAGCAGAAAAAGAAGAAGAAAACUGGUUCAACAGAGCCUCCUCAGGACACUCUUGCCAAGGUAAAUUCGCUGCCAGCUGAUAAGCUACAGGAGAUCCAAAAGGCCAUUGAACUGUUCUCUGUCGGCCAAGGUCCAGCCAAGACCAUGGAGGAAGCAAGUCGCAGGAGCUACCAAUUCUGGGACACGCAGCCUGUCCCUAAGCUGGGGGAGACGGUGACAUCACACGGGUGUAUUGAACCUGAUAAAGACCACAUCCGAGAGGAGCCCUACAGCCUCCCACAGGGCUUCAGCUGGGACACUCUGGAUCUGGGGGAUCCUGCAGUGCUGAAAGAGCUCUACACUCUUCUCAAUGAGAACUAUGUGGAAGAUGAUGACAACAUGUUCAGAUUUGACUACUCCCCUGAGUUUCUCCUCUGGGCCUUGCGGCCCCCUGGCUGGCUGCCUCAGUGGCAUUGUGGAGUGAGGGUCAACUCCAACCAGAAGCUGGUGGGCUUCAUCGGUGCCAUUCCUGCGACUAUCUGCAUCUAUGACAUAGAGAAGAAAAUGGUUGAAAUCAAUUUCCUCUGCGUCCACAAGAAGCUCCGCGCCAAGCGGGUCGCACCCGUCCUGAUCCGAGAGAUCACCAGACGGGUCAACCUGCAGGGCAUCUUUCAGGCAGUUUACACUGCUGGAGUGGUACUGCCUAAACCUGUGGGCACGUGCAGGUACUGGCAUCGCUCUUUGAACCCACGCAAACUAAUCGAGGUGAAGUUUUCCCACCUGAGCAGAAACAUGACUAUGCAGCGCACCAUGAAGUUGUACCGUCUGCCUGAGGCUCCAAAGUCGACGAGUCUGCGCCCAAUGACUAAAAAGGAUGUGCCGUCGGUACAUCGUCUCCUCCGUGAGUACCUGAGCCAGUUCAGUCUGGUACCCGUCAUGAACCAGGAAGAGGUGGAACACUGGCUUUUGCCUCAGGAAAACAUAAUUGACACUUAUGUGGUGGAGAAUGAUGGCAAAGUGACAGACUUCCUGAGUUUUUAUACACUGCCCUCCACCAUCAUGAACCACCCUGUGCACCGCAGCCUGAAAGCAGCAUACUCUUUCUACAACGUCCACACCACCACCACCCUGCUGGACCUGAUGUCUGAUGCCCUCAUUUUGGCUAAAUCGAAAGGGUUUGAUGUCUUUAAUGCACUGGAUCUAAUGGAAAACAAGACUUUCCUGGAGAAGCUAAAGUUUGGCAUCGGCGAUGGGAACCUACAGUAUUAUCUGUACAAUUGGAAGUGUCCCAGCAUGGGGUCAGAAAAGGUUGGGUUGGUGCUGCAGUGACCUCACCCUACACCUUAAGGAAGUGUCACUGACGGACCAGGAGACGGUACCAUUGCUUCAACCACCUGACAGAUGGAGUGACGACCUCCUGCUUUAGUAAAGGAAAAUAUCCAAGGCCCAUUUUUACUUUAUGAACUUUGACCUGCACUACUGCUGCCAGACAGGAAGACUGGAGGAGUCUCUGCUCUUCCUCCUCUUUCUUCAAUCACAUGGACCUUAAGCCAUUGUAGUUUCCAUUUGAAAACUAUUGCUACAUCUGAAGCUGUCUUUGAUUGUACCAAAACGCAUACACAAAUGAACAGUUGACGCAAACACCCAACUAUUGGCUAGCUUCAAAUGGUUCGUUAAUUGUACAUAGCAAACAGUAACUGCAGGUUAUGCCACAACUCAUCCAGACUAAAUCCUGCUGUUUUAUUUUAUUCCUAAGUGUUGGAUCUGCUAUUUGCAACUUCUACAUCUAUCAAUCUUACGUUUUAGAAAUGGAAAAGGAAAAAAAAAACUUAAAACAGAAAAUGCUUAAAAGACAGCUAAUAAAUGAUUUAAGGGCUUCUGCUAAGAUUUUUUUUUUUUUUUUAAAUUACACCCUCAGUUCCAUCAAUUUUCAUAAAGAUGUUCUGCAGUGUUUGAAGAUGUCUGCAUGCCGGAGAUAUCACAAUGCCUUCUGGAAUUUUUUAAAGUGUUCUUGUUAACUUUCACGAGUUUCCUUUCAGGCUUACUGCACUAACAGGAGAGGCUGGAAAAAAAACAACAACUGACUAAUCACGGACAAACUCAGUUGGACUCAACAUUAUUCUAAAAGGUGGACUGCUGCAGAGAGGAGUGGACACACUGUAUGGGGAUUGGAAAGGCGUUUUUCCAUGUCCUCCCAUUCCUCCUUAAUUUAAGAGUUUACUCAUAAUGGCUGAGGUUAAAAAUAGGAAAUUAGAAGUUUGAACUUUUGGUACUUUCUCUAAAUGGGUUCUUAUAUAAAGCUUAUCAGGCUAAUAAUGAAGCAAACGUGCCAAUAAGAACUGUCUCAAAAUUCAAAUAAGGUUCAUAUGCAGGUCGUGGAAAGGCAGGGCGUGUCUCACUCGCUGUGAGGAGUAUGUUUGGAAAGUGACAGGAAACGUGGUGUAGUUACGGACUCGAAACAUGAACAUCACAGCUUAGCCUUCUCCUUCAGCUUAAGUAGUUCAACAGAUCUCACGUUUUAGGGUUGGUAUUGAACCUGAUCCUGUCGUGAUGAUAAUGACAAGGUGAUGCUGGAAACAGUUUUCUAUGUGAGUUGUUGGUUCUAAUCUGUAAACAUACAUGAAAAUAAAUUAAUAAAAGAUUGGGACCUGGCAUUGCAGGAAGCAAAGUGAACAUACAGGUGAUUUCUUUUGUUGAGCAAAGAAAAAAUAAAAUCUAGAAGUUA